AUGACAUUUAUGAUGUGUAAAUAUCAUCCUGAUAACCAAGCAAUAUAUUUGCUCUGGAAUAAUUCUAUGUUAUAAUUUGCAUGUGAAGAAUGUACUGAAAACGAAAAAAAAUAAGAAAAUAGAUAGAUUUUAAAAUUAUUAUCAAUAAGAAAAGCUUUGAAAGAGCCUGAUUAUUUCAUUAGAGAAUUCAAUUUGAAUAAAGAAAACAAAUAAAUAAUUGGAAAAAUAGACAAUAUAAAUGUUUAAGAAUUGAACAAAUUAAUUAAUACUAUUGAUUCAUGUGUCAAAGAUCUUCAAAUCAGUUUGAGUGAUUUAAUUAAUUAAUUAAAGGAAAUAGUUUUUAAAAUAAUUGAAAGAAAAGAAAAGUUAAGAAAUAAUUUAGAAAAAGUAAAAUAAUCAUAUAAGUUUAUAGAUCUCGUAUUAUGCCUAAUUUAAGGAAGUAUUUAAAUGUUUAGAUAACUAAAAAUGUCUUACUGAUGAUGUAGUAAACUAAAUCUAAGACAAUAUUUAACAAAUAUUCUUGGAGAUUGAGAAAAAUUAAAACUCUUUUAACUAAGAAAUAUUAGAAUAGUUAUUAAUUCCAAAAAAUAAUAAACUAAGUAUAACACCAUAAUACUAAAUAUUUAAAAAUAAACUAGAAAAUUUGAAAAAUAGUAUAGCUCCUCUUCCUUUACUUUUGUAAAAUACUAGAGAUCAAAAUUAAGAUCCAAAUAGUUAUCAAAGAAACCUAAAAUUUUCAAACAAUUAUAAAUAAUCAGAAAUUGUACUCUCUUUAAAUGAAAAGGUGGCUUAUGCAGAAUAAGAUAUUUGGUAAGUUGUUGUAUGUGAUCAAAAUUAAGAUCCAAAUAGUUAUCAAAGAAACCUAAAAUUUUCAAACAAUUAUAAAUAAUCAGGAAUUGUACUCUCUUUAAAUGAAAAGGUGGCUUAUGCAGAAUAAGAUAUUUGGUAAGUUGUUGUAUGUGAAUAACAAAUCCCAGAAAAUCGAAAAAUUUCAUUUUAUUUCAAAAUUUUGUAAAUACAUCAAUUUUAUAGUGGAAUCUGUUUUAGAAAUCGAAUUGAUAAAGGUUAUAGAGGGUAUGUUUCAAGUAUAGGACAUGGGUAUUUUAUUCUCUUUAAAAAAGAUAUUAUCUAAUGUGUAGAUAUGGACAUGUAUAUUCACAUCAUGAUUAGGAUAUUAAUGGAUAAUAAAAAGGAUUCCAAUCAUUUUAAGGAGAUGUUAUUGAAAUUUCAGUUGAUAUGAUAGAAAAAACCAUAACAUGGACUAAUAAUAGAUCUAAUUCUUUUGUACUUUCUUCAUAUAUAUCUAUAUUUAGAAAUUGACAAUUCAAACCAUAGAUCCAUUAUAUCCAUGUCUUAGACUUGCUAAAUCAAAAGUUUAGAUAACUGAACGUUGA